UGCCUGGGAUGCCAAGAGCCAGAGAAUGGAUCUGCUCCGAGUGGGGACAUUGCUGAAGAUCCCGGCUUCCCGAGGCGGCUGAAAACUAGCAUUUGGUUUUGGCUGCCUGCAGAUAUCCAGAGACCUGAGCGGACCGGAGGAGGGACGGACCGACGGACAGCUAGAUGGUCGGCGCGAACCCGGGAGGACCGGCGGCGGAGGCUGAGCACCGCGAGCCUAGCCGCCGAGCUUGAAGAGAAACUAACUGCACGCCCAAGUUGCCCAGCCGGCUGCCCGCGCGCUGAGGAAUGAGACCUUUCCAGCUGGAUUUGCUCUUCCUCUGCUUCUUCCUCUUCAGUCAAGAGCUUGGCCUCCAGAAGAGAGGAUGCUGUCUGGUGCUGGGCUACAUGGCCAAGGACAAGUUUCGGAGAAUGAAUGAAGGCCAAGUCUACUCCUUCAGCCAGCAACCCCAGGACCAAGUGGUGGUGUCAGGACAGCCAGUGACGCUGCUGUGCGCCAUCCCAGAAUAUGAUGGCUUCGUCCUGUGGAUCAAAGACGGCUUGGCUCUGGGUGUAGGCAGAGACCUCUCAAGUUACCCCCAAUACCUGGUGGUGGGAAACCACCUGUCAGGAGAGCAUCACCUGAAGAUCCUGAGGGCUGAACUGCAGGAUGAUGCUGUGUAUGAGUGCCAGGCCAUCCAGGCUGCCAUCCGGUCCCGUCCCGCACGCCUCACAGUCCUGGUGCCACCGGAUGACCCCAUCAUCCUAGGGGGACCUGUGAUCAGCCUUCGGGCAGGGGACCCCCUCAACCUCACCUGCCACGCGGAUAAUGCCAAGCCUGCGGCUUCCAUCAUUUGGCUUCGUAAAGGAGAGGUCAUCAAUGGGGCCACCUACUCUAAGACCCUGCUUCGAGAUGGCAAGCGUGAGAGCAUUGUCAGCACCCUCUUCAUCUCCCCAGGAGACGUAGAAAACGGACAGAGUAUUGUGUGCAGAGCCACCAACAAAGCCAUCCCCGGAGGAAAGGAGACCUCAGUCACCAUAGACAUCCAGCAUCCCCCGCUUGUCAACUUGUCGGUCGAACCGCAGCCGGUAUUGGAGGACAACAUCGUCACGUUCCACUGCUCUGCGAAGGCCAACCCAGCUGUCACCCAGUACAGGUGGGCCAAACGGGGUCACAUCAUCAAAGAGGCAUCUGGGGAGCUGUAUCGAACCACUGUGGACUACACAUACUUCUCAGAGCCUGUGUCCUGUGAAGUGACCAAUGCCCUGGGCAGCACCAACCUCAGCCGAACAGUGGACGUCUAUUUUGGUCCCCGAAUGACCUCAGAGCCUCAAUCCUUGCUGGUAGAUCUGGGCUCAGAUGCCAUCUUCAGCUGUGCGUGGAUCGGCAACCCGUCUCUGACCAUUGUGUGGAUGAAAAGGGGUUCUGGUGUGGUCCUGAGCAAUGAAAAGACCCUGACCCUCAAAUCUGUCCGCCAAGAGGAUGCUGGGAAGUACGUGUGCCGGGCUGUGGUGCCCCGGGUUGGAGCUGGGGAGCGAGAGGUGACCUUGACUGUCAACGGACCCCCUAUCAUCUCCAGCACACAGACUCAGCAUGCCCUCCAUGGUGAGAAGGGACAGAUCAAGUGUUUCAUCCGGAGCACACCGCCUCCUGACCGCAUUGCCUGGUCCUGGAAGGAGAACGUCCUGGAGUCAGGGACAUCGGGGCGCUACACAGUGGAGACGGUGAGCACCGAGGAGGGUGUCAUUUCCACACUGACCAUCAGCAACAUUGUACGUGCUGACUUCCAGACCAUCUACAACUGUACAGCCUGGAACAGCUUCGGCUCCGACACAGAGAUCAUCCGACUCAAGGAACAAGGUUCGGAAAUGAAGUCGGGAGCCGGGCUGGAAGCAGAGUCUGUGCCAAUGGCCGUCAUCAUCGGGGUGGCCGUAGGAGCUGGGGUGGCCUUCCUCGUCCUAAUGGCAACCAUUGUGGCCUUCUGCUGUGCCCGUUCCCAGAGAAAUCUCAAAGGGGUUGUAUCAGCCAAAAAUGAUAUCCGAGUGGAGAUUGUUCACAAGGAGCCAGCUUCUGGUCGGGAGGCUGAAGAUCACACCGCCAUCAAGCAGCUGAUGAUGGAUCGGGGUGAGUUCCAGCAAGACUCGGUGCUGAAGCAGCUAGAGGUCCUCAAAGAAGAGGAGAAAGAGUUUCAGAACCUGAAGGACCCCACCAAUGGCUACUACAGCGUCAACACUUUCAAAGAGCACCACUCAACUCCAACCAUCUCCCUGUCCAGCUGCCAGCCAGACCUGCGACCUACAGGCAAACAGCGUGUACCCACAGGCAUGUCCUUCACCAACAUCUACAGUACCUUGAGUGGCCAGAGCCGCCUCUACGACUAUGGACAGAGGUUCGUGUUGGGCAUGGGGAGCUCUUCCAUUGAGCUUUGUGAGCGAGAGUUUCAGAGGGGCUCCCUCAGCGAUAGCAGCUCCUUCCUGGACACGCAGUGUGACAGCAGCGUCAGCAGCAGCGGCAAGCAGGACGGCUACGUGCAGUUCGAUAAGGCCAGCAAGGCUUCUGCCUCCUCUUCCCACCAUUCCCAGUCCUCUUCCCAGAACUCCGACCCCAGUCGACCCCUGCAGCGGCGGAUGCAGACUCACGUCUGAAGAUCACACACUGUGGUGGGGAUGGGCCAGGGAGGAGGACAGGGCACAUUCUCGUUCUCUGCGGACUGGGGCUGCUUUGCAGAGGACCCUAGAACUGGCCGCCUCCAGGGUGGCCUCUGUGCACCUCUGUUACCACCUUCCUUCGAAGCUCUAAUUAAGCACAAAUCUGGCUCCCAGAUGGGAAACGAAGAGGAUGCGGCUGAGUGCGUAGUGCUCAGGGCUGGAUACCUUUGUCUCUUGCUCUUCCCUAAAGGUCUUUCAACCACCUUGUCCUCGCACAGGCACCAGGGGCAGCUAGAACUUUGCUUUUAGGAAACUGCCGUCCACUCUCCUAGCCCCUCUUGCUGCCCAUAAGCCAUCCCGGGUGCCUGCGUUCCUUACAGCCUUGAGGAACAGAGGAUUUCUUCCCAGCACUGAGCUGCUCCAGAGCCCCCCAGCUUCCCCACUGUGCAUAGCCCGUACCACAGAGGCAGAGGGCUGAGAAAUGACCCUGACCUAAGGAGCAUCUGCCUGGGAGCCCACCCCCAGUGUGUUUGGUGUUUGUGUCUAUAUUCUUGCAGUUCUGUUCUUGGAUUUGAUGCCUCUGGGCCUGGUGGUGGGAUUGGCCCAUCAGAGUCUAGCGUCCUCAGAGCUGAGGAAGGGAAGGAAGGAGAGUGUGAAUGCCUGGAGACCACCUUGCCCAACACACCCUGUGCCAGGCUGUGCAAUUCAGAGCCCUCACCCUCACCCCUGCUUUGUGUUCUCCCCUCCUUCCCACAACACAAUCAAGCUAAUAUAAGGAGUACAAGAACUUCUCUGGUCAGGGUCUGUUGGACAGUUAUUGCAGAGUGCUUCCUGGGAGAUGUGGUUUUGAGGGGGCUGAAAUGCAGGCUGGAGGAUGAGGCAGACUUUUUUCAGCUGCUGAAAACAAGGAACAAUUAUUCGUUCUCCAGGAGACAGGACUCUGUGUGCAAGAGGGACAGUUUUUUCUGCACCUCUCCCUCCCAUCACUCCGCACCUAAGAAUAAACGUUAGGGCCAUUACCCCCAUCAAACCUGUUCUGUGCUUUUGUCUCCAAAUGGCCACAGGAAGACCCCUGUGGGACGUCUGGAUUUUUACUUGUUUGGUUGUUGUUUUGUUUUGUUCUGGUCUGUUUUGUUGCCAUUCUUCACAUCAGUUUUUCCCAGGCAGGGAAGGUCAUUGUUGGGGCUAGUUGUGAUCAUAAUAGAACCUACAAGUUAACUCUUUGCUUGUGGAUGAAGUCAGCCAAAACAAAUAGACAAACAAAUAACAAACAAAAACAAGUCUUGCCAAACUCAAUUCUUGCCAAAUACAGCUAAGUCAAUACCAUGAGUCUGGGCACUGGCCAGAUCCUUCUAGCCUUUUAUCUCAGUAAUAUUCUGCAAGGGAGUCUCCCUACACUUCAGAUACAAGAAGCAGGCCAUCUUGAAAGACUAUAGACCACCACCAACACUCUAAAACCCAAAUAUAGGAUUCAAAAAGAAAAAAGAAAAACAAUCUCAGCACACUUGUCGGAGUAGAAAAAUAAAUAUCAUCAUAGCAGGCAGGAUGGAUACAUAAAUUAGUGUUCUAGUACAGGGAAUGGGGUUCAAACGGAACUCUGAAGAACCCAAAUUGUUCCUAAGGGUGGGAGGUCCUCACCAGCUCCUGACUCUUCUUCUGAAACCUUUUUUUGGAGGUCCUUACCCACCAUGAGAUUCUUCAUCAUCAAGUUUGUGCGCCCUCCGUACUCUGUUUCCUUGGGUGGUCCUGCCCUUAUGCCUGGCCUUUAUAGCUACUUCACUCAGAGCACCUUCCUGCUUUAAUUCUGUUUCCCAAUGCUUCCAAACUUCCUCAAAAAAUUGUCUCAGAGGAGACAAUUAUAAAGGAUGAAGAGACAGCACCAAGGUGACCACGAUCAGACUGUGUGAUGCCCAUGUACCAACAUAGCAAGAACGGCAGAGGAAAUAGGCCAGCCAUACAGUGUUUGUGAGAGAGUAGAGCAUGGGCAGAAAACUGCACAGUCUUGUGUAGGGGAAACUCCCUCCACUUCAGGUUUGGGGUGAGGGUGGGCAAUCUGGAGCAUUGAGGAGCCCAAAUGGCUUUCACACCGCUCAGUUGUCUCCUUGCUGGCUCUCACAGGAGUGGAGGCAGAGAAAAAAUAGAAAAAAGAAGGGAGGGCUCUGAAUCCCCUACAGUGAGUGUUUUCCUGUGUGGUUAACAUGAGCACUCUACACUUGCAUUUUACUGAAUUCUCUCAAUUUGAUAAAGCAUCCUUACUUGGCUUUUGGUUUGGGAGU